UACCUCAUUGAAAUCCGAUAAGUAUUCGUCGGAUUAUGCUCUACUUUUAGUAUCAAUUUCACAUCCUAACAAUUCAGUAAUAAAGAAAAACAAGUACGAAAAAUCACGUGAUCAAAAAAUAUUCAAAAUCCGCGCUAUAAUAUCAAAGAUCUUGAUAAAGAUGACUGGACAACUUUCAAAAACAAAAUCAAUCAUCAUGUUCAAGUGUUACAACCGACAGAUGAAUUUUUGAAUUUUUAUUGAUUGAUAAACAAAUCUCUACACACAUGAAUUCUCUUCAUACCGCAAUCAUAUCAACGUUAGAAGAGAUGAACGUCAAGAAAUACAAAAAUACCCCGAGACGUAAUAACUUUCCGUUAGAAUUAAGACAAAAAUACAAUUAUAUUCAUCAAAUUAACUCAUUAGAAUCAUUAUUAAAAAAUGGAUUAUUUUUAUUAUCUCAAGAAUUUUCUAAUGAAUUUUCCGCUACAACAACAGAAAAAAACGAGUUACUCCUCAAUUUCAAUCACCUUUGGCGACGCAAAUCCAAAUGGAUCAUUAAGAUCUUUCAUAUGUAUAAAAUUUUAUACUCCAUUCAUUUAUUUAACAAUUCACUAAACUCAUAUGAAGAUAUCGAACACGUCCUAAUAAACAUCUGUAACCUUAAACAUCAUAUUACUGAGUUGAUUAAAAAGGAACGCAGUGAUUGGGACCUCCAACAAAUCAACUUCUUUAUUAACAGACGUAAUGAUGACAUUAAAAAUAAUCAAAAACGAGCCCUCAACUCAAUCCUCGAACGUAAUCCAAGAAAAAUUACCUUGGAUCGUCUUAAAUAUUAAAAAACGAUGAAAUCAAAUUCACUACUGAUGAAACUGAAAUUACUAAUAGAGUUAAUUCACAUUUCAAACAUAUCGGUUCUUCAGAUACGACUAACAAUCCUAGACAAUACGACCCAAACUUACCGAUUAGAGAAGAAUGGGCCAAAUAUUAUCAACCCAAAAUGAACAUUCCAGAUGAUGCUAUUAACAAACUUUCCAACCCUACAACGUUAGAAGUACCAUCAAAGUCCUACCGAACAACAAGGCUCCUGGUCCUUCAGGCAUCACAUAUGAAAUG